AUGUCGGAAACGUCCAAAAGACGAGGCGGGAGACCUCCUAGAAAAGCCAAAUCCGAUGACUCAGGAAAAGAAAAAAUCAAAUGGACCCGAAAUACGACACAGGGCCUUCAGUCCAAGGAAGACGCUGUAGAGAAUGAGGAUAAGAGAACUACUUGUAUUAUCUGUGCCAACCCUAUAGUCUAUGGCUCCAUUACCACGUGCAAUCAUUUGACCUGUAACAAGUGUUCCAUUCGGCAAAGAGCCCUAUACAAGAAGAACCAAUGUUUAGUGUGUCGUUCAGAGAAUGAGUCUGUCAUUGUGACGGCUGACUAUCAGCUGAAACCCAUAUUUGACGAUUACAAACCUCAGGAUUUUAUCCCGAAUGACAACAAGCUUGGUAUGAAAUUCACUAGUGAAGAGGCUGCUGGUGCAACACUGGAUUUACUCAAACUGACGUGUCCAUUGAACUCCUGUAAGGAAAGCAAGGAGUAUGGCUCUUUCAAAAAACUUAACCAACACUGUAGAGAGGCCCAUGACAGACAGUUCUGUUUGAUAUGUGCCAACUUUAAGCAUGCAUUUCCCUCAGAACUAAAGUUAUACACGCAAAAGAAAUUACAAACCCACCAAGUUUCAGGAGACGAAAUAGGUUUCAAAGGACAUCCUGUGUGCAUGCUCUGUCCCAAUAAACAUUUCUACUCAGAUGACGAGUUGUACGCACAUCUCAGAGAAAAGCAUGAAAAGUGUCAUGUAUGCAACGAACUAGAUCCAACGAAUCCCCAAUACUUUAGAGAUUAUGACCAGCUGUUCAAUCAUUUCAAUGAGGUGCAUUUUCCUUGCAAUGUUCAAGAAUGUCUGGAUCAAAAAUUUGUGGUAUUCAAAGAUGAAUUUGACCUUCAAGCUCAUAUGAUCAGUGAACACCCGAUGUUGGUCGGUAACCGAAAGACAUUGAAUUUGUUCGGCGGUUCAAACUCUAAGAGUGUUACCACCCCUCACAAUAACAAUAAAUUUAGAUCGCAAUUAUCCACACUCCCAUCCCAAGCUACUGCACAUGAUGUCAAGAGAACACGUUUUGAAGAAAGAGCCCGUCAUUAUAUUCAUUAUGAUUCUGCGAAGUUCGAUGAGUUUAUCACCGUCAAUGAAGCCUACGAUGCUGGACAUUUAACUGCUCAAAACCUCCUUUCAAGGUACAACGAAUUGUUUAAAUUUCAAAAACCAGAAGAGAUUAACCUCCUAAUAUAUGAUCUAUCUGAACUAUACCCUAAGAACUCCUCCAAAGCAAUUGAUUUAGUCCAGCUCAAUGCUGCCCAUGACAGGGAGACAGAAUUCAAUCAAAAGUACCCAUCUCUCAACAACACAGAUCUAUUCACACCACAUGGUUGGGGGAAUAAUCCAAUUAGAGCCAACAAGAAGGGUGUUCUUUCAGAACAACGUUUUCCCAAACCUGCAAAAAGCACUUUAUCAACUCCUACAGCAUUCCCUAGUAUUCAAUCCGCCAGAACCAAACAGAAACCUAAACCAAAAACUUUUGGCUUGGACCCUGAAAAGUUCCCUGCAUUACCUCAAAAUACAACCAAGAAGUACCCUAGAGUUCGUCCAGUUGAAAAUGGACCAGGACAAUGGGGAUCUUCUCCGGCUAUGUCUGCAAGUUCUUCAUUGAACAGUUCUGCGAACUCCUCCUUUGUCGACUUGAACUCCUUAGAUGCUGCUCUAACCGAUAAAAAGGACAAAAGAAAGAAGAAGCAAAUCUUAUUUAAAGUUGGGAUAUAG